AUGAAGGUCACACUCCUUGCUCAAGGCCUUGCGCUUGUCACGCCUUCUCACGCAUACCUUCGAUUCGGAUGUGCUACGCUCAGCGUCCAGCGUCUUGAUCCCCUCGUUGAACCAGGUGCCAUUCCCUCAGCCCAUCUGCAUCAGAUCAUCGGAGGAAACGGUUUUAAUGCGACUAUGGACCCAAAGACCGAUGUUGCUGAGCGCGCCACUUGCACGACUUGCACAUUCUCUGAGGACUUCAGCAACUACUGGACGGCCGUGAUGUACUUGGCUCGCAAUGGCACAUACAAGCGCGUGCCCCAGUAUCCGAACUCGCUACUCGGUAAUAUCAAGGGUGGCAUGACGGUUUACUACAUCCAGCAAGACUUUUCUUCGAACGGCAACCAGAAGAUCACGGCGUUCAAGAAGGGGUUCCGCAUGACCGUAGGCACGCCCUCGGCCAAAGACGGCAGCAACCCGGGACUCCGCUAUACUUGUCUGCAGAACGUCAACACUCGAUUCCCCGAGACGGCCGAGUUCCCAAAGCAGGCGUGCCCCGCCGGUAUCAUGGCCAUCCAUCAUUUCCCUGCGUGCUGGGACGGCAAGAACCUCGACAGCCCUAACCACCAGGACCACAUGUACAACACUAACAGGGGCGCAUUCACCCCAGCGGGAGCAUGCCCGGCCUCGCACCCUGUAAGGAUGCCGCAGUUGGCGUACGAGACAAUGUGGGACACGCGCCAGUUCAACAACAAGGCCGACUGGCCUGCCGAUGGCUCGCAACCAUUUGUAUGGAGCUACGAGGAUAGCAAGGGAUACGGCACACACGGCGACUACGUCUUCGGGUGGAAGGGCGACGCCCUCCAGCGCGCCAUGGACUCCACGGCCCUGCUUAGCAAUGGCAUCACCACCCAGUCUGUCGACAAGGCCAACCAGUGCACCAUCAAGAACACUGUCAAUGAGAACAUCGACGGAUGGCUUACGGCUCUCCCGGGUCGAGGCAGUAUGCCCAUGUAA